AUGGGCUCCCGCCGUCGUCGCAGUCUCACCACCUUAGUCCUGGUGCUCCUCUGCCUCUACCAUGCGCCGCGCAUGGCCCUGUCGCUCUCCUUCAACCUCAACUUCUCGGACCCCGGCGUCCCCAACCGCGGCGCGUCCAUCAACUUCGCCGGCCAAGCGUUCCUCAGCUCCUCCACCCUCGAGCUGACGACCAACACAAGCGAUGCACACAUCCAGUACAGUACCAGCCGGGCGUCGUACGUGCACAAAGUGCCGCUGUGGAACAGCGCCACCGGCGAGACGGCUAGCUUCACCACCACCUUCUCCUUCCGGAUCACCCCGGACAGGGACAGCCCGUCCGACGCCGGCGACGGGAUGGCCUUCUUCCUCGGCCAUUUCCCUUCGGUGAUCCCGGCCAAGAGCGAGGGCGGCAGCCUCGGCCUCCUCCCGGCCCUCACCAACGGGACGGGCUACACCCGGAUCGUCGCCGUCGAGUUCGACACGUUCCUCAACCCGCAGAACGCCGACGUGAACGGGAACCACGUCGGCAUCGACGUCAACUCCGUCAACUCCACGGCGUCCACGGACACGACGACCAUCCCGGGCAGGAACCUCACGUCCUCGCACGUUAUGACCGCCACUGUCAAGUACCACAAUGGGUCCAAGUUGCUGGCAGUUGAUCUCCUGAUCGACGACGCCAUGUACCAGGUCAAUGCAACCAUUGACCUGAGAAGGUAUCUGCCGGAGGAGGUUGCCAUCGGCUUCUCGGCGGCGACUGGCUGGGCCGCCGAGCUGCACCAGAUACUGUCAUGGUCAUUCAGUUCCACUCUGCAGCUGGAAUCCCAAUUGGAAUCCAACACGGAAGCGCCUCCGCCGUCUCAACUUCCUCCUCCGACCAGCAACAAGCACAAAAUGUUAGUAGUAACCCUGCUGUCCGUACUAGUUCCGCUGCUAUUUCUGCUGGCAUGCGUGGCCAUGGUAACGCUAUGGCGGCGACACGAGAAAAGAAGAUCAAAAAGAGCAAACGGGGACAGCAGCAGUGACAGCGACGACGAAGAACAUUGUGUGGACAGAGCUGGCCUCGAGAGAGGUGUUGCCGCCGGUGGCCCCAAACGGUACACGUACCACGAGCUCGUCGCUGCAACGAGCAACUUCGCGGAGGAGGAGAAGCUCGGGCGAGGCGGCUUCGGCAGCGUGUACCGAGGUAACCUCACGCUCGCCGUCGCCGGCGGUGACCAAGAGCGUCGCGCGGUGGCGGUAAAGGUGCUGUCGGCAGAGUCGUCGGCGCAGGGGAGGAAGGAGUUCGAGGCAGAGGUGAGGAUCAUCAGCAGGCUGAAGCAUCGCAACCUCGUGCAGCUGCUGGGCUGGUGCGACAGCCGCAAGGGGCUGCUGCUCGUCUACGAGCUGGUCGCCGAGGGCAGCCUUGACAGGCAUCUCUACAGCAAAGACAGGUUCCUGACAUGGCCGCAGAGGUACAAGAUCAUCCUCGGCCUGGGAUCGGCGCUGCGCUACCUCCACGGAGAGUGGGAGCAGAGCGUCGUCCACGGCGACAUCAAGCCGAGCAACAUCAUGCUCGACGCCUCGCACUGCACCAAGCUGGGGGACUUCGGCCUGGCCCGGCUCGUGGACCACGGCGCGGGAUUGCUGCAGACCACCAAGGCCGUGCUCGGCACCGCCGGGUACAUCGACCCGGAGUUCGUCAACACGCGCCGGCCCAGCACCGAGUCCGACGUGUAUAGCUUCGGCGUCGUCCUCCUGGAGAUCGUCUCCGGCCGGCGGCCCGUGGUUGAGACCGCGGAGAUAUCCUUCACGCUGCUCAGGUGGGUGUGGAGCCUGUACGGCAGGGACGCGGUCCUUGACGCGGCGGAUGAGCGGCUGAGGGGCGACGAGGCCGACGAGUGGUGGAUGGAGCGGGUGCUCGUCGUCGGGCUCUGGUGCGCGCACCCGGAGCGGAGCGAGCGGCCGUCUGUCGCGCAGGCCAUGAGUAUCCUUCAGUCCGAGGAGGCGAGGCUGCCGGCGCUCCCCCUGCAUGUGUACAGGACCGUGCCGGAUCUUGCGUCAUCCGGCCGGCACGGGGCGUUCUCCCCCGACGGCACCGAUCGCGUCGGCUCUUCUUUGGUCAACACCGGCGACGCCACUCUUUCUUCCGACUCGUCCCCGAUCGCGUUGCUACGACGUUCCAAGGAUCUAGCUAAUUGA